UUCUCGAAAUCUAUGAGAAAAAAAAAUAAAUAAAUAACAGUCUUUAUUUUUGUUUUCACCAUGCCUCAGGGUCAGGAGCAGCGUCGUGGAUGGUGCAGAUGUUGCUGCAAUUUGAUUUUCUCUUUAGGUCUAACCUCGCUCUUCAUGUGGCUAAAUCUACGUACUUCAAACCCCAAAUGCUCCAUUCAAGACUUCUAUCUUCCAGCUCUCAACAAAUCUUUAAACUCUCCCCACAACACCACUCUUUACUUUACGUUAAAGCUUGUAAACACCAACACUGACAAGGGCGUUUACUACGAUCCUGUGAACUUCACCAUUGUUAACAAAGCAAAUGCCACUGACUACAUUGGAAACUACGUCGUUCCCAAGUUUUACCAAGGCCAUAAGAAGAAAGCUAGGAAACAUGGCAGUGUUAAAGUUGACAAGAGGGUGCUUUCACGGGUGGUUUUUUCUGACGGGACGGCGAUUUUCAGAGUGGAUUUGGCGACAGCCGUGAGGUUCAAGAUCAUGGCGUGGAAGACGAAGAGGCAUAGGAUCAGGGUUGGGGCUGAUGUGAUGGUCAAUGAUCAUGGUACAUUCAACGAGAAGAACAUUAAGCUUUCUCAGGCGACAAUGAGUGUGAGGUUUUGUAGAGAAGUGGGAGUUUUGUUGAAUUUUUUGGUUUUUGUUUUGCUUAAUUUAUAGGAAAAUUUGAUAAUCUUAUGAUUUUUUCUUGAAUUUUAAGAACUUGAUUCUUUUAUAAGAAAUUUA